AUGACUAUUUUUUCCAGUAAUAUAAAGGAAUAUCCACAAGACGCUCCGGAAAUCCGUCAGCUUGUCGAUAACCGUCGUCAUUAUCUCAACAUUAUCUAUGCCACGUCGAUUCUUGCGACAUUCCAAGUGAGCACAUCGUUAGGAUGGUACGUAUAUUUAGUAGAGGCAUAUGCUCAUUUGGCUGGAGGGCUGGAAAAUAUCAUUCACAAUGUUCUAAUUAUCGUAUUGAUUCUGGAGUUGAUGAUUCUAUAUUUGGCGAUUUAUUCGAAAAGAAGUGCUUUUCUCGUAUGUCUCAUCGUCAUUUAUUUCCUUCAAUGCGCCGGUAAACUUCUCCAAAUCGCCAUUAUGUACCCUCAACCAGCCGGAUACCGUCAAUCGUUCAAAGCAAUCACUCGUUAUUCUGAAUAUGAUGCGAUGAGUUUGACCUACGACUCUGUUAUGUUCGUCACCUCGUUGAUCAAUUGUCUUAUGUGUUGUUGUGCCACGUGGCAUUUCACUCCGUUAGUCAUUGUCAAAAUGAACUACAAGCAGACAGAAGAGGAUGCGGUUGCACGGGCGAUGAAAAAGUUGAAGAAGACCAAGUUGACCACCUAUGACGUAUGUAGUUCCGACGAGGAGUCAGCUCACAGAAUCUCUCGCGGACCCAAUGGAAAACAGUUCAUCUCGAAAAAUCAACACAAAAAGACAUUCAGCACUCAAAUUACCGAUAAGGCAGAUGUUACUGUGACUACAUCAGGAGCCAGAAGCACCAAGGUUCGUUGA